GAAGGCUUGGAUUCCUUGGCAAAAAUGGGAGCCACAUCCAGAAAAUUUUUGUCUCAUGUAAAAUUGCACAUUUGGGCGUGGUAUGGGAGAAUAUUCGUAAGGUAAUUCGAAAAAUGGCUGCGUCAAAUCGACGUGGGAAGGAUGUGCAAAAGUCCAAAGGGAAGAAUAGUGUUAAAUCCAAAACCGCUCCCAGAACGGCACAUAAACCCGACAGCGUCAAAAGCAGUGGGAAAUCCUCAAGCAAAGGCGCGAGAACGACGAGGAUACUCUCUGCUUCUGAUGAUAGAAAUAGUAGAUUGUUGCUGGAAGCGACACAGCUACCAAUUUCACUCCAGCAAUUGCUUCUCAACGUUUUCCAAUCGGGCCUCUGCUCUGAUAGAGCUUGCGAGCCAGAUCCACUGUCACGGCCUCUAUCAGAACUGGUCCAAAUAUUGAAGACCCAUCUUUAUAAUCGCGACUUUUUGUCUGCCUUUGCCGAUGCGAAUGAAGAGUUGCUCAAAGCAUACGCCCUGCGUUGGAGCGCAGGAAGGGCGUUAGGUUACGCAGGGAUAUUUGCAUCUGUUCUCGAGAUGAUUAUUCAGCAUCGCAUUGCGGGUGCUGGAAGCGACACAAUUGGGCAGCAUAUCGUCUGUAUUGGAGGCGGUGCGGGAGCAGAGAUCGUCGGGUUGGCUGCGGCAUGGAGAUGGCUGAAUGAUGGGGGCCUUGGGCGCAUAUCCAGUGCCUCAGGAGCUGCCUCAGAAGCCGCCUCAGAAGCCGUCAACUCGAAUCGCGAAGCCGGAAUUUCUUCGCUGGGAAUUGAAAUGCAGUCCGCAAACAUCCCAGAUAUCGACCAUUCCGAAGAGGAUCGAGUUGACGGCGCUAAUACGAAACCUUCAGGCCAGCACCCGUUCCAAGACCUGUCAAUCACGUCUAUUGAUAUUGCAGACUGGUCUUCCCUUGUGAACACCUUAAACAAAGCUAUGUUGUCUGAGUCUAUACCAUCGUCUAAAGCUUGUCCUGCGCCGUUGGUUUCUUGCAAGGGUACGCGGAGUCCAGGGGAUGGGCGAUUUCGUGUCUUUUUUAAGAAAGCGGACGUAUUGAGCCUCACAGAUCAGGAACUGUUUUCCUUGCUAACUCCACCAUCGAACGACAUCAAUGGCGAUAUGGACUUGGAUAAAAUAACGAUGGAUCGAAACGAAGCUAUGCUGGUUACUCUGAUGUUCACUUUAAACGAGCUGUUCUCCACCUCGAUACCAAAGACGACAGCAUUCCUACUUCGGUUAACGGAUAUGCUACGCCCUGGGACAAUACUGCUCGUUGUUGAUAGUCCCGGAAGUUAUUCAACCGUCACCUUUGCUACUAAAAGCGGGCGUCCCACGCAACAAUCGUCUACAUCCAGUACAUCCCUUCCUUCCGACGAAGACGGUACAACGCGUCAAGAUGUCAAUGUAUCUGCAGAUAAUACAAAAAAACAGAGGAACUACCCAAUGCGUUUUCUUCUUGACCAUGCUCUGCUUUCCGUAGCUGAUGGCAAUUGGGCACGCGUUGUGUCAGAUGAUUCUCGGUGGUUCCGGAGGGAUGCGUCCCUAUUAAAAUAUCAAGUUGGUGAUGGAAUUGGCUUGGAGGAUAUGAGAUUCCAAAUCCAUGUCUAUCGGCGGUUAAAGAGCUGACAGCAGACGUCGCACAGAGGCAAAUACUUUUGGUACAUGUUCAAGGUAGAGAAAAUGGCACGAAACUUUUCUUGAAGCAAUAAUGGUAUCUGGAAUUAAGGGCAUAACGAAUUAUAAGCUCACAUAAACAGGAGGUUAUUAUCAGAACUUGACCAAAGAAAAGUGGUCGAGUCUGGAUUUAAUCCAUAUUAGAUGAAACACAAUAAUCAAAUUGAAGAGUUAGAAAGGGCUAUAUUUCGAUUUCAAAAAAGCAGAUACUCAUUGCCAUCGUCAUCAUCAUCGUCGCUGCUAUUAUUAAUCACCUCACCACACCCCUUCCAUUUGGCCUCUAGUGCACGAGUCAUCGCAGGCCUGCGGCUCUCUUUUGUUUCCCAUAGUUCCAGCGGACCGUCUUUCGCUCUAUGAACCAACAAAUUUUUAACUUCCGACUCCUUGACGCUUUUUAUCAAGCUCUCAAAGACUUUGGUGAGCCGUAGGAGAACCUUUUCGUUUUCCAUUUCCCAAGCAUCAAUCCUUUCCUUCAUCGGCAUGACCAGAAUGUGAUCUCGGUCGAAGAACCCGUCGUCAUGAUAACCAACGACAAAAUUUGGAAUCUGACGCGCCCAUAAGCGUGGUAGAGAUUCAGGCAUACUUAUUUCCCUCCUGCGGAUACGGGUUUUCACGUCAAAUACGGCGGACUGUGGCACAUCAAAUCCGGCAUGUUGGAGCUUCAAAGUCGCGGUAUUCCCAGAACCUAUUUUCCCAAUUGUGACGGAUUCUGUAUUUUGAGAAAGGACAUCCAUGUCACUGAGUCCUUUCUGGCUUGUUGGCGUCUUCUUUUCUUGCGUUUUCACCUCGAUCCCUAUCAUCCCACCCAAAUACCCAUCUGCUUCAAAGCGGACGAGGAAGGUGAGGCCGCCAAAUUCGUAACGAAUGAUUCGUUGGUUGGUUGCUGAGCCUUUCACACUUUUAUGCCAACUGGUAUAUGCUUCAGGGAAUGUGUGUCCAUAUCCGUAGACACCUUGGAUCAGCUCCUUGGGCGUACGUUCCUUACGCACCAAGAAAAGAGUGUCCCCCACUCGAUGGACAAAGCACUGGAACUCCCAUUCGGCUGACGAGGCAAAUUUGAAAAGACAUCCCAUCAUUCCGGCACAGGUAACGAUGUUGAUCGUUUUACCGUUAAAUUUGGGAUUCCGAUCGAAUACAGCUCGGAUUGCAGGCUCGAUUGGGUAUUUCGGCCAUCUCGCGCUGUUUGGCUCCCGAAAGUAAUCGCCUGCGUCUUCUUUGAGCUGCACGCCCCCUCUCAACGGAGUCCACUUCGGGGGCGCUCCUGAAAUGAAUUUAACCCCUAGGAGUCAGUGAUAUGAGCACAAAGCAACUGGGAAUUUACCGACCUGGGAUUAGUAUAGUUGGUAUCUUGCUAUCCAACCAAUUAUACGAUCCGACCAAUUCGGUUCCUGUGAUUCUCGGGGAUUGAGUUCCGACGCUGGCUGAUGUAUCAACGGUUAUCGAGGCGACUAAUGUGCCACUGGGUUGAUCAAGGGGAGGUGGUUUUUCUACUUUACCCAUCGCCGUGUACUGAACAACUCUGUUAGGCUGCCAGGUUCUGGUCGUGCCACUCACAGCAGAUUUUGCUCCCAUUCCUCUUCUAUUCCUGAUCCCUCCCCAGUCGAAACUCUCUCUUGGAUCUGCCAUGUUUCCUGCAGUGGUAGCUCAUAUAUAUAGGUUUUUUUUUUGGCUUUAUCACUUUGAGCUGUGAAAGAAGAAAGCCCUUUGAGGCACGCAGCCAGCGCAAGUGUCCCUUUCUAUCCUUGCACAUACUUCCCGCGGCCACUAAAUCAUGGACACGAAUUUUCUUAUAGCCUUGUGACAAGAGGCUUUAUUGAGAUGCGCUACAGACCACUCAAUUCACUGCCACUUCGUGUGUCUGAGCGCUGUUGCAUACAGGAGGCCUCAAACAGUUUUUCUUGCGAAUAGAGAUAUAUCCGUAGAUUGGCGGCUGCCAACGGCUGGUUCUAAUUGGCUGCUUGUAGGUGCCGCGUUUGGAUGGGUGACUCGCAUCGCCUAUGGAGAACUAGAGGUUGCUGCUCUGCUUCACUUCUUUGCAGUUUGGCGGUCCGGGAUAUAAUUGGACGUUUGAAAGCCUGUGGGAUAUACGCAUGACUGACUGACACUAACACUCCUGCUCUAGCACGGGGAAGAGACCGUACUGGAAACUGACAGCCUUGGAAGACAUGGAUAAUUCAUGGAAUCUUUGGGUUAUUUUACCUUAUGGCAGGCAGAUGGGCGCUUUUACAUGAAGAUACAGUAUUAUUUCGAUGCCAGCCUGACAAUUCCGUGGCUCUACUGGAUUGAAGCCUGCACCCUUGUCGAUUUAUUUCAGUUGCCUAAAUGUACGACCUGUGAAGGAAGGGUUCGGAAAAUAUUGUUUCUAUUUCUUGAUUUGCUAGGUUAAAUUCGGGCUCACAAUAGAAUUCGAUAAAAUGAAUUAUCUAGCAUUUUUUGAGGCUUAACAACAUUCCGGAACAUUUCUCGUGGCUGUCCUUCCCGACCUAUUGCUCUAGUUAACCAAGACUAUGACUAUUUUUG